AUGGAUAAGGAUGCAAAGAAAGAAGCAUUCAUUAAAUCAUAUGAAGAGAAACUUGAAACUCUUGUGGUGAAUAAAGAAUCCAUUUUUGAAGAAUUAACCAAGUUAGCAUUAGAUAAUCAAGAUUAUGCUGAAGAUAUAGUGGAAUGUAUCAAACAAAGAAUAGAAAGAAAACCAAAUCAUGUAUUGUUAACCAUGUAUUUGAUUGAUUCAAUAUGUAAAAGUAUUGGAAAUCCUUAUAAUGUUUACCUUUCAAAGUAUAUUUUUACUUUAUAUACCACUAGUUUCCGUGUGUCUAAAGAAUCGGUUCGUCAAUCAUUAAAAUCAUUAUAUAAUAUUUGGAAAACUGAUGCUGUAACUCCAACUAAUCAACCAUAUUUUCCAAAAGUUAUUAUGAAUAGAAUUGAUAAAUUUUUAAUUGAAGUUCAUAAUAUUUCAAAACCAGUACCAAAUGUCAUUCCAAAUGAUCCAAAUACAGCUAGAAUUGCAUCUCCAAAUCUAAAUCAACCAUCUCAACCUCAACCUCAACCUCAACCUCAACCCAAACCAGGUCCAAACCCAGAACAAGAUUUAUUACCCGAUACCAUUACUCCUAAAAUGUUAAUCUUAGAAGGUCGUGAUUUAUUACAAUAUAUUUUGAAAGUUGAUAAAAUGAAUGUCAAAGAUGUUAAAUAUCUUUCUCCACGAGGUAAAGAUUAUUUACAUGGUUAUUCAAAAAUUAGAAAUGAUAUGGUUAGUGAAAUCAAUCAACUUAUAAAUGAUAUCAAGCUUGAUUCAUUAUCUGAUGAAAAAGUUGAAGAAAUUAAAAAGAAUACGGAAGAUUAUGAUGAUAUCUUGGCUGCUAUUGAAGAUAGUGAAGAAUUUGAUAUACCCAUUAAUCAACAUGCAAAAUUAUCUAAAACUGUUAUAGUGUAUCAUGAAAGUUUCUUAAAGAUUAGAAGUAUUUUAGAUAAUCAAAAUUUUCAAAUUCAAAGAUUUGUGGAAAAUAAUAAUAUUAAAAUUAAAGCAAUUAUUGAAAAGGAACUUCAGAAAAAGAAAAGAUUAGAACAUAACAAGAAGAGAAAACAGUAUUUCAAUAGAGAGAGAGUUGUGUUAAAUCCAAUUCCAAAUCAAGUUUAUUUCAAGCUGAUCACCAGUAAAAUUACUAAAAGUGAUUAUCUUUUCCAUCUUAUCAAUAAUUUCGGUAAGAAUGUUUUAUAUAAGGAAUCCAUUGUGAAGGAAGAAUUCGCCUACGAAAGUUUAAGUAAUGAUUUAGUUCCUUCAUCUCCUGCUGAAAGUGUCACCAAGGGUGAAGCUAUUCAAAGUUUAUCUGAAAGUUUAGGAUUUGGUAAUAUUUCAAGUGAUGCUUUCCUUUCAAGCUAUACUAAAGAAGAAGAAGAAUUAAAUAAAAAUAAAGAUUUGGCAUCUACUGCUGCUGCUACUACUGAUUUUGGUCCUUCUUUGUUAUAUGCCGAAUCUAAUAAUAAUAAUAAUAAUAAAGAACAUGUUGAAAUGGCAGGUCCAGUUACUACUUUUGCUACUAAUGACGGUUUCUCAUUAACACUGUUAGAUUUCGGUACAUCAAUUUUAUCUGAUGAUCGUCAUAAUUCAGAACAAGAGAGUAAUGAUAAAGAAGUUGUUCCAUCUACGGUUGAAUCUCAAAAUAAAGAUGUGAUUAUGACUGUUGAUAAUAAUGAAAAAGAACAAUCUGCUGGUCAAGUUGUUUCUGUAGUACCAGUUGAACAACCUCAGCCAGAAGCUGUAUCCAAAAGUCUCAAAUUCUUCCCUAUUAGUGAAGAUGAUAAUUUGGAAAUUGUUCCGGUAGAAACUGAUAAAAGGGCAGGUGAUGAGAACGAAGAUGAUGAUGAUGAUGAUGAUGUUGAAAUUGUUGGUUUCAAGAAUGUUAUGAAUAGACCUCCAACUCCACCAUUAAAGCAUGUGAAAGAAGAAGAAACCGAAGGACUGUUAAGUUUAGUUCCCGCUGAUGAUUCAGAUAUUGAUAUUGCUGUGGUUGUUGAAUCAAACCCAGAGCCACCAGUUGAUACAACUCCUGAAGUUCCAUCUACUGAAGCAAUUGUUCCUGUUUCUAACACUGCGUUAGUUCCAUUACAUCUUAAUGAAGAACCCACUAUUCGUAGUGAAGAGUAUAGAAUUGAAAUUCCAAGCAAGAGAACAUAUGAUGUCAUGGCUACUGAAUCUCAACCCACUCCUGUUACUCCAGUUAAUGCUACUGAAAAUGGGGAAGAAAGAAUUAGUUUUCAAUCUUAUAAAAGAGCUAAUAUUGAUAAUCCUAAUAAAAGUUCUAAAGCUGCAUAUUCUAAUUUACGUGGCAGAGCAGCUCAUACUCCAACAUCAACAUUAGCUAGAUCUUAUGAAAAUGCAAUUCCUUCUCAUAUUAAUGCAUCACCCGCUGGUAGUCCAUCAUAUAGUAGUUCUAGUGGUCAAUCUCAAUAUCCAAGAGUUCCAAGUAGUAGUUCUAAUAGUUCAAGAAGAUCAUCUAAUAGUUACGGGCCAAAGAAAUCCAAUUUGAAACUGGUUCAUCGUUCAUCUCCUGGUCCUAGAGUGGUUAAAAGAGUUAGAUUUCAAAUCAACUAAAUUAGCAUAUAAUUAAAUAGCAUAUAAUAAUAAUAGAUUUAAUAACGUAAUUACUUAAUUUUAAAAGCAAUUUG